AUGGGCGACACUGCAACCGUGUUGGGGCUGGCCUUCUUCAAUUCUUAUUGUUUCGUCUUUGAUAGAGGUUUUCUGUGUGGUGAUUAUUCAAAACAGUACAAAGAUGCUCCGGAAGCAGCGGUUGCUAGGUUGAAGAGCAUUAUGGGGUCUUGCCUAAGAUCCGGAACGGUGAAGCGACUCAUCUACACUGCCUCAGUCACGGCAGCAUCACCACUCAAGGAAGACGGAACCGGCUUCAAAGACUCCAUCCAUGAAUCUUGUUGGACGCCCCUCCAUCUAGCAUUUUCUUAUUGCAGCAAUCUAGAGCUGGAUUAUACAUGUUCUAAAACACUCUCAGAGAAAGAAGCACUCAACUACUGCAACAGAGAGAAUGCUGAAAUGGAGGUGGUUUCCCUUGCUUGUGGCCUUGUUGGGGGAGAUACCAUCCUUCCCUACUUUCCUCUAAGCAUGGCAAGCAUCAUUUCACAGAUUACAAGCAACGUUCCUUGUCACAGACAGCUCAGAUUUCUACAGGCAUUGCUGGGUUCGGUCCCAAUCAUACCCAUCGAUGACGUUUGUGACGCACAUGUCUUCUGCAUGGAGCAACCUUCCAUGAGUGGUAGAUUUCUAUGUGUGAGUGCAUACCCAACCAUACCCGAGAUUGGAAAAUGUUACGAAGAGAUUUGCAAAGAUCUGGCCAUCGAGAAAGAGUGA